AUGCAACCUAUUGUCAAGUUCAAGUCCCACCCAUACCAGCUUUUACGAUAUUGUCACCGCCCAAAUCCCCAACGGUUACGUACAACACAGAUAUCAUCACCUAGCUACUAUCCAACUAACCUCGACAGACGACUGUCCAUGAAUCAGCUAGAUUCUGACCUGCUGCCCCAAAUGUCCAGUGAUUUAUCCGUUGAACUAACCGCGCCCAACGGCAAAAGUUAUUGCCAGCCAACUGGACUUUUUAUCAAAAAUGAAUGGGUAAAGAGCAGUAAUGGUGAAAUGAUAACUUCCGUUAAUCCUACGGAUGAAUCGGUAAUAACUUCAGUCUAUGCGGCAUCCACUCAAGAUGUAGAUACCGCAGUAGCCGCAGCUCGAAGUGCCUUGAAAGACCCCAGCUGGCGCGAUCUAUCACCUACGGAUCGGGGGAAUCUACUGAUAACGCUCUCCGACCUUAUCGUCAGCCACAAAGGUACCCUGGCAACGAUUGAGACAUGGGACAACGGCAAGACGAUUCGUAGUUCAAAUGGAGACCUCGACGAAGUCGCCGGUGUUUUGAGAUAUUACGGCGGCUAUGCGGAUAAGAUCCACGGCCAAGUCAUAGAUACUGGACCUGCAAAAUUUGCUUACACGAUCAAAGAACCAAUUGGUGUCUGUGGACAGAUAAUACCGUGGAACUAUCCUCUCGCUAUGGCUGCGUGGAAAUUGGGCCCUGCUCUCGCUUGUGGUAAUACUAUUGUAAUGAAAGCUGCAGAACAGACGCCACUGAGCAUUUUGUACUUGGCUAAUCUUAUCAAAAAAGCUGGGUUUCCCCCAGGUGUUGUCAAUAUUCUAAAUGGAUAUGGUCGCGAAGUUGGCGCUGCCAUUGCCUCACAUACAGGUAUUGACAAGAUUGCAUUCACAGGUAGCUCGAGUACUGGGAAAGAAGUCAUGAAACUGGCUGCGGGCACAAUGAAAAACGUUACCCUGGAAACUGCUGGCAAGUCGCCAUCACUCAUCUUUGAAGAUGCCGACUUAGAUCAAGCUGUCAAGUGGUCACACGCGGGUAUCAUGUCCAACCAAGGCCAGAUUUGUACUGCCACCUCAAGGAUCCUUGUUCAGGAAAGUAUUUACGAUUCCUUCCUAGCCUCAUUCAAGGCACGAGUACAGAAAGUCUCCGUAGUUGGUGACCCGUUUGCCGAAACUACUUUUCAAGGACCACAGGUGACUAAAAUUCAAUUUGAUCGGGUUCAAAGCUUUAUCAAAAUCGGCAAGGAUGAAGGAGCAAAACUGGUCUUGGGAGGCGAAGCCUUUAGUCGUGCAACUCCAUCUGGAAAUGGAUUCUUCAUUGAGCCAACAAUUUUCUCUGAUGUGAAACCUUCCAUGAGAAUAUUCCGCGAGGAGAUUUUUGGACCAGUCGUUGUAUUAACCAGUUUUAAAACAGAGGAGGAAGCCCUGGAAAUGGCAAACGAUACCAUGUACGGUCUCGGAAGUGCUGUUUUCACCAAGGAUAUCACACGGGCUCACCGAGUUGCGAAGAGGAUAGAGGCGGGAAUGGUGUGGAUUAACUCAAGUAAUAAUUCAGACUACAGAAUACCCUUUGGUGGAGUGAAGCAAAGCGGAAUCGGACGAGAACUGGGCGAGGCUGGGCUUGCGGGCUACAGUCAAAUAAAGGCAGUCCAUGUCAAUAUGGGACACCCAUUGUGA